CAUGUUUCAUUUGUGUUUCCUUUCAAAACAGACAAAAAACGCUUUUCGCCACUUCGCCACAACCUGUCGCAGAUUAUCUAUAUUGUAAAUUACGUUUAUAGAUUUUUACCGGAUAAUAUGAGCAGAUGUUUAUAAGUAUGUAUAUGGAUGCUCACAAGAUAAAGUCAAAAGUUAAGAGGCAGUUUCCGUUAUAAGAUUCUGAGAAACAGAACUGACGCGUUUCUCUUCUUAAUCACAUUUUUAUUUUUUCAGUUUAAAAAUUAAUUACAUUUUAUUGCCUUGAGAGACAACGAUACACAACAAUUGAUCGAUCGAUUUCUCUAGUGAUGUUUAUCAAAUGUAAACACUUCCCGGACUACUAAAAUUGUGAAGAUGUUUGUCACUGCGGUUUUUCGGGUAAAAUAACCCGACUAACAAUCACGUUUCUGUCGUUUAAACCGGGUGAGAAUACGAUAGUUUCUAAUUCCUACCAUCAAUAGUAAACGCUUGGCUUGAGCUAUUGAAUGUCAUUUUCUAGUACUAUUUGGAGGUAUACAUGAGUGGUCAGUUUAUUCAGUACGGACAGGGCGGAUUAACCUUUCUGUGAAUUUGGGAGACAUUUCGUGUUUUUUUGGAUUUUUAUAUUUUUUAGGAUUUUACCAUAGAGUCUUGCUGGGACAAACCUUUUACCAAACAUGCCGGCGCCGUGGCACGACCAGAACAGGUCCCCGGUGAACUUGGUCAUCAAGUAUUUACUGUUUUUCUUCAACUUUCUUAUCUUUUUGGUGUGUGGGGCGAUAACUGGACUGAUGAUAUGGAUUUUGGAUAUCAAAGAUAAAAGUGUGAAUAAUGCCUAUGAUUUCUUUCUGGACCCGGCAUGUGUUUUGUGCCUUGUUGGUUCUGUGGCGGUUUUCGUCUCAUUUUUCGGCUGGUACGGUUCUCUCAGAGAAUACGUCUUAUUUCUGGCUAUUUAUCGAUACUUGAUGAUGUUUCUGUUCCUGGUAGAGAUGGUUUUCAUUAUACUCAUAUUCGUGGUUGUGUACGUGCCCGAGGCCCGGAAACAGCUCAAUAUAUACCCGGAAGAUACCCUUAAAGAAGCUAUAGUAAAAUACAGAGAUGAUGAAGAUAUGCAGAACCUUAUUGACGGUAUACAAGAACUGCUGGAAUGUUGCGGAACAUCCAAUGAUGACCUUGGUUAUAAAGACUGGGCCAGAAAUCCGUACUUUAACUGUACAACGGAACUUGAAAACAGGGAGUUCGGCGAGUAUUGUUCCGUGCCUUUCUCCUGCUGCAAGAAAGAGGACACUGGGCUGAUUAACUACCUUUGUGGGAGGGGAAUGCAGAAGUCGACUACGUCAGAAACAGUGAGAAGCCAAACAAUUUACGUACAAGGUUGUUUUAAGUCAAUAACCUCCAUACUGCAAAACAAUGUGAUUGUUGUGGGUGGGGUUAUAAUAGGAAUUCUGAUACCGCAGAUGCUGCUCACCAGUUUCACUGGACGGCUUAUUGAGCAGAUUGAAAUGCAGAUGGCAAAAUGGAACCGCCAACAACAUCGAUAGUGGGAACCAGACAGUGAAACCUCGAGAACCAGUCCCAUAGCUGUGCUCAGUCCAAUAUAACACUUAAAGCAGCAACAGACCUGCAGAUGGACGCCAAAAUAUUUUUAAAUGGAUAUACUUACGUUUUCAAAAAUUAUACACAAUUUCUGUGUAAAGACCAAAAUCCUAGACAUGUAGUUUCACAUCAUAAUUAGGUAUUUGCGUCAUAAUUUGGUACAAAGGUUUUCUGUACAUUUCACAGAGUACAUGAGUGUUUUUUAUUGAAAGGAAAUGCAAACAAUGCAGUUUCGUGAAAAAAUGGCGGGAAUCUGGAGAUUUGUUGCUCUUAAGUUGUGUCUACUCAUUUUAUACAUUCCAAACAAUUUAAUCCACUACAAAUGUUACUGUUAUUAUGUAUGUCAUAUACACAUUUUACACAUCAUGUUUAUAUUAACUUUGUGUUUAACCAUAUGCAAAUGAGUUUUUUGGGGCGGGGAAAUGGGGUGCGAAUUUACAGGUGGUAGCUUUUUGUGUAUACAGUCAAAGCUGUCUAUAAAGACCAUCCUUGGGAGAGCCAAAAUGGGGUCUUUAUUGGAAGGUGGUCUUUAUUCACAGGUUAAAACACACUGUAAAUGUUAAAAUGGGAAACAGCACAUGUGGUUUUAGAGCCAGGUGGUCUCUGUUCAGAGGUGGUCUUUAACACCACAGUUUUGAUGAGGAAUGUAUCAUUUUGUUCCUCUCAUUAACACUAACUACUAGUAUUUACAAAUAAGGUUGUGGCACAAUAUUUUUUCUUAUUUUAUCAUAAAUGAGUCUAAAAAUAUCAGGCUUUUGAGUUGGCAGAGAACUAAACCGACUUUUAAAAAUCUCAAUAAUUCAAAAUGUCAAGUUUGAGUGAUAAGGGGUCUUUGAGAUAGCUUAUUGCCAAAAGAUCAAUUUUGUUUUGUUGUACGAGUUUGUGAUGAUUAUUUUAUUAUCGAAUACUCUGUACGCCAUUGUCUGUCCUGUCAUCAUCUACAACAAUCAUUUACAUUGUCACAAUCAGCAGUGCUGAUUACACUCAACGUCGUAACCAUCAUCAUCAAUGCUAUUAUCAUUACUUCCACUUCUUCAUUAUCACUAACACCAUCAUCACCAUCGGGAUCAUCAUCGUCGUUAUCAUCAUCGUUAUCAUCAUCAUUUA